AUGACCUUCCGUCGCGCCGCCGCGGUGACGGCGAAAGGCCUCGCCCAGGCCUCGCGGGGCCGCUUCGCCAACCCCCCCCCGGUGGCAGCAACGGCACCACCAGUCACAGACCUCCUUGCAACGGGCGCCAACACUUCAGCUAGAAUAUCCACAUCUUCCAGCAGCAGAAGAAGCACCUUGGCCGCAGAGCAGCACUCCGCGGCGGCGCCAGCAGAGGCAAAACCGCCGCAUCCUUCCAGCGUUUGGGAAACCCCGAUCUCUAAUGAUUCGGCAGGUGGUCUCAACGGCGACGGCGGCGGGACUCGGGAACGAAAGCAAAAGAACAGACGAAAACCAACACCACCACCACGACGAGAGGCCUUCGGCGGGAUGAGACGUCGCUUUGAUUUCGAAACGGGCGCGAAGAACUUGCGGGCGGCGGCUGCGGCGGCCGCAGCGGCAACGUCGCCGCCCCCACACCCGUGGGUUGCCGCGCGCUUGCGUAGGGAGUCGAUGCGAGCCAAGAAGAGCAGGACGCCGGACUUCGGGCGCCGACGGGGCCCGUUCAUGAGGCGGCUGCAGCAGGCGGGGAUGAGGAGGGACUGCGACGAGGCGGAGCGGGUCCUGAGGCAAGCCCUCGAGUGUCCCGGGGUGGUGGACACAGUGAUGUGCAACGCCGUGCUCAACACCUUUGCCGCCGACGGGAGGUGGCAGGUCGUGCUGGAGGUGAUGCGGCAGAUGCGGGAGGCGGGACUCACGCCGGACGCCCUCACCUACACGAACGCGAUAAAGGCGUGCGGGAAGGGGAGGGAGUGGCGUCGCUCCGUGGCGCUCCUGAAGGAGAUGUCGGCCCACGGCGUCGAGCUCAACUCCAUCCACUACGUGUGCGCCAUGACGGCCUGCAAGAUCAGCGGCAUGGGCGCGGAGGCCGUGGGCCUCCUGCGCGAGAUGCAGGCCGCCGGCAUCGAGCCGAACGUCAUCUGCUACAACACGGCGAUCGCUGCUUGCGGCACGGGGGGGCAGUCGGAGGUCGCGGUCGACCUCCUCGAGGAGAUGAACGCCCUGGGGGUUCGCCCGAACACCCAGACGUGCCUCGCGGCUGUCCGGGCGGCCGGCGACAGGGACAGAGGGGAGCAGGCGGUUUCUGUGCUUCGGAGUAUGUCGGAGGCCGGGGUUGCUGCAGAGGCCAAGUGCUACGCCGUCACCAUCAAGGCCUGCGGCCGGGGGCGGCGCUGGGCGCGGGCGUUGGAGCUUUUGAGGGAGAUGGAAAAGAACGGGGUCGAGCCGAUCGUGAUGGGGUACGACGCGUGCAUCGCGGCCUGCGGGGACGGCAAGCAGUGGGAGCAGGCGGUGGCGCUCCUGCGAGAGAUGCCGACGGUAGGGGUAACGCCGACGGUGGUCAGCUACAGCCACGCCAUCGCCGCCUGCGGUCAGUCGUACCAGUGGAAGCCCGCCCUGGAGCUGCUCCGCGAGAUGCCGCAGGAGGCGGGGAUCAACCCGGACGCCGUCUGCUACAACAACUGCAUGACGGCGCUGGGCCGGGGGCUGCAGUGGGAGAUGGCCCUCACACUCUUGCGGGAGAUGCCCUCGGUGGGGCUUCCGAUCAAGGCGCAGAGCUACACCGUGGCCAUCAAGGCUUGCGGCGACGCGGGCGAGGGGAAGCCAGCCGUCGCGCUGCUGCGGGAGAUGCAGGCGGAGCUGAGCGUCCCCCCGAACGUCAUCUCCUAUACGGCCGCCAUCGCCGCGUGCGGGAAGGGGGACCAGUGGAAGCAGGCGCUGGAGCUCCUGCGAGAGAUGGCGUCGAUGGGCGUCUCCCCCAACGACAGGACCUACACGGCGGCCAUCACGGCCUGCGGCAACAGCGGCAAGUGGGAGGAGGCGCUGUCGCUGCUGCGCGAGAUGCCGACCAUGGGAGCGGACCCGAACAUCGCAAGCUACACCGCCACUAUCAAGGCCUGCGGCAACGGCGGCCAGUGGGAGAGGGCCGUCGAGCUCUUCCGGGAGCUCCCGAGCGCCGGGAUCACCGCCGACGUCCAGGCGUACAAUGCCUGCGUGCAGGCGUGCGGGAACUCCGGAGCGGUCGACCAGGCGGUGGAGCUCCUGCGGGAGAUGGCACCGGCCGCCGGCUUGGAGCCAAACGUCUUCACCUACAACGCGGCCCUGAUGGCCUGCUCCUGCCCGGACGGGGGACGGUGGGGGAAGGCGCUCGAGCUGCUGGAGGAGAUGGCGUGGAGGGGCAUCGCGCCCAACGCGGUGACGCACGAGUCGGCGCUUGCGGCGUGCGGCGAGAGGGGCAGGGACGAGGCGGACAGGGUUCUGGCGGACAUGUCGUCGGGGUUGUGGGAGGGCAAUGACGACGGCGGCGUGGACGCAUCUCCCCGCUGAAAAAUUGUGUUGUCCCGCUGUGGGUACAAUGUAUUGUUACAAUAUUUUGUUCGUUUUUCUCAGGUCAAUGGCCGUGCCCUUUUGUUUGCAUUUUCUCUUGUCGAGCUGACCACGACACCGGGUAAGGUUGAUGGCCGCAGGGGGGGAGAGCUUCUGUAGCCCAGCAAAAACGUACACCGUGAACUUAUCGGCGGGGUGGGUGGGUGCACGGUGUGAUUUUUUUCGCGGGGACCCUCCUGUGUGUGUCGGGCCCAACUACAUGGCGAGGCAGACUUUUGCGGGAGCAAUCUUGGUGGUGGUUGCGGUUGCUUGACGGCACCGUGGCGGAGAUUGGCCUCCUGUAGGGCCGCCGUUGAGUAGCCCUUGGAGCGGUCUAUGGUUGUUGGUGUCCGUUGCGGUUGCUUGACAUCGUGGCAAGAGAGUAGUUCGUGUGGUGCAUGCUGCUGCCGUUGAGCCUUACUUACUUAGCGGUCGGAUCUCCGGCUGAAGUGCAUCAAAACACUUGUUGCUUGAACGAGACGUGACUUUGUUAUGUAUUUUUGGUUGCAUUUGGCGUGGCUCUAGCCCGCUCAGCGGUACGGAGAGGGCGUCACCCGUCUCCCUCUCGGAAUUGAGUCGGGCAGCAUCUCCAUUG